AUGCCUCCAAAACUGCGCGGGUCGCUUCAGACGAGCCUGUCGCGUCCGUUGAACAGCGGGGGCGUCUUCUACUGCCCAUCUUGCACCACCUGGAGGCGAACACUGUCGACGCGCAGCAGCAUUGUUCCCCGUCGAAGGCCGUCGUCGUCAAAUCUUCCUACACACCGCCCACUCGCAACGUCUGUCGUGAAUGCAGCUAGAAAUGUACCGCCUAGAUUCAAGGAGCUUUAUGAGGCGUUGAACCGGGUGGGCGAUACAGCAACGGAGCAAGUCAAUCUUAGCCGGUUGCAACUUGCAUUGCGGGGGUUGGAGUCGGAAGCGCCUCUUAUUCGAGUAGCCGUGUUGGGAUUGAACGAUGCCACCGCUGCGCGCAAGCUCGUCCGUUUGCUACUCGCCGACCCAUUGAAUGCUAGAGAGAACUGGGAGGAUGUCUUAGAAGAUGUAGACCCAUCACGCGGUUUGCUGAUACGAUAUGGCGAGGUAUCACAAUCAAUUCCGAACGACUUGCUCCCUACGAUUUCCGUUCCCUCGCCGGUGUUGAAGAAAGGAAACCUGGAGAUUCUGGUUACAAGCUUGGGCGCAGAGGCCAAUCCAUCAGCCACACAAUUUACAGCGGAUACAUUUCUCGUUCCGACGGUGACUAUCCAGACCUCGCAUUCUGGACGACACAACGUUGUCCGGUACCCCGUACAUAAAAGCAUCGUUUGUGGACGUGGUGUGGAUGGUCUUUUUGCGUAUAGUGGUUUACUUUCUCGGUCGAACCUGAAGAGUGAGGCGCAAUCUGUUUACGGGGCCAUCGACCUUUCAGUUGGCGAUAAAGACCGGGGCAGCGAUCGCAUAUCCUUCGUGGACAUCGAUAAAGCUGAGCAGGCACUAGAGGUAUUCCGUGAAUCCGUGCAGAAUGCAUCUCUCUACGAACGUGGGUGGAGCAGCAGUGGAGUCCAACCUGUUAUCGAUUGGCUGGCCUCACUGCGGGCCGGUGAAGGUAACUUGGAGCCUUCUCUGCGAACUCUGAUUCUUUCUUUGCUCGAAGGCGCAGAGGAGGGUGUACUGGCCAAAGAGGCAAGUGGUAUUGAGGAGCAAAACAUGGGAUUGGUUCCCAGUGACGUGCGCCGGACCAUGGACCGGUCUGUUACUGCCUGGGCAGAGAAUGCCCACACCGAGCUUCAAGGAUCUCUUGAAGAAGGGUUUGCGAGCAGACAGUGGAGAGACCUUGCAUGGUGGAAGUUGUUUUGGCAUGUCGAUGAUGUGGGCAUGAUCACUUCUGAGAUCCUGGAGAAGCGCUACCUCCGCCGCGCGGAAAAGGAGGUCAUCUGGACCGCAGGCAAGUUUCAGCAGGCGGGCCUGCUUGACGAGCCGCAGAAGAACGCUGCAGAUUCAGAAACGAAAGAGCAAGGGGCAGACUCUCCUAAGCAGGAUCUACCCUGGCCAACCCAAAUUCCCGCGAGCCGUGCGCAACUCCUAGACACAAGUGUGUCUUCUCUGCAAUCGCUGGCCCAACGAUUGGUGUUUUUCAGCGUAUCGACGACAUCGUUGACAUCCGCUCUCUCAGCUCUCACCUACGUUUCCUUCCCGUCGGCCUCGGUUUAUGAAACAUGUACUAUGGCUGCCGUGGGAUUGAUCUACUCUUUGCGUGCCCAGCAGAGAAAAUGGGAUGCUGCCCGUAACUUUUGGGAGGAUGAAGUCCGGGAAAAUGGACGGAUGUCCUUGCUGGAGACAGAAAAAGAGCUGCGCAGAAUAGUCCAUGAGGGUGGUCGACAAGUCGAGGAUAUCACCGAGGGAGAUGCGCGAGAGACGAUCGAAAGAGCGAAGAAAGCUCUGGAGGAUGUGCAAUAG